AUGUUCCGCCCUUUAACCUUCUGGCUGUUAUGGGUUUCGUCUUUCAUAGUAUCUGUGCUGGCCGCCCAAAAAACAACCUUGCCUCGCCCAGCAGACCCUUUCGCAGAUCCGAGAGAUGACCCAUACAAUCCACUACGUUACAUCGCAUCUAAUACCUUGACCGCUAUUGCUUUCAGUCUCCUCGUCUUUGUUGCAAUAGCACAAUCUUUGUCUAUAUGGAAAUGGGGAGGGAAAUUCAUGCUAUCUAUGACUAUUGGAGCUUACACAUUCGCUUUCGGAAUUGGAACUCGUUUUGGACUUCACUCGCAUCCCGAAUCGAAGGGGAUUUACAUCGUUGAAUACCUUUUUGUGGUCCUUUCGCCUUGUGCUUUCAUCGCAGCUGAAUACGUAUUAUUAGGCCGCUUAGCACGCUAUCUUCGAUGUGACAAGUACUUGUUGGUCACCCCACGCCGAAUCACCAUAACUUUUAUCUCGUCCGACAUUACCACAUUCUUGAUCCAGGCAAUCGGAGGGGCAAUGUCAAUAUCUGCAAAUGAUGCACCUCUUGCUCUUGCCGGAUCCAGAGUAUUCCUCACAGGACUCGCUUUACAGCUCUUCUCCUUCUUGAUUUUCACCUGCAUCUUUGUACUCUUCCUGUACCGUGUUCGAAAAUAUCAGUAUGAAAUUUACUUGAAAGAUCAAGCACUUGUUUGGUACAAGGACUGGCGCGCUCUCGCCGGAACCAUGAUUGUGAGCUGUAUAGGAAUUCUGAUUCGUUCGGUAUACAGAACGAUCGAACUCUCGGAAGGCUUCCAAGGACGCCUCGCUACCUCCGAACCAUUUUUCUACGGACUCGAUACACUCCCGCUAUUCCUCGCGAUCGCGGUUUAUCUUCCGUUCUGGCCGGGAAGGUUUAUACCACCAUUCACAAACGCGGCAAAGAUCGAGAACGAGGAAGAGGUGAAGAGAAGUCAAGCCUCGACGGUAGAUUAG